AUGUUCUGCAAGUGGGCGGGGUCUGCACGCACAUGUGCGCAUGGGUUGUUCGGAACUAAAGCGCUGACCAGAACCACGUGAUCAGCUAAACUCUCCGCGCCUGCUCAAUGUCUGUCUGUUUUUCUCCAGAUGUCUCCCGCACCUGCGUGCCUUUGCGUUCUGUGCGGUUUACCGGCGGCGGGGAAAUCCCGUCUGGCGCUGGAGCUGCGGGGUCACGCGCACAGACUCGGCUGGACUACGCUGCUCGUGACGUAUGACGAACUGAUCCCAGCGCGCGACUGGCAAGAGACUGAAUGGAAGCAGCACAGGAAGACGGUUCUGAUGUGUCUGGAGAGAUUCCUGCGUCAGACUCACACACUCUCGGAUCAGACUCAGACUCACACACUCUCGGAUCAGACUCAGACUCACACACUCUCAGAUCAGACUCAGACUCACACACUCUCGGAUCAGACUCAGACUCACACACUCUCGGAUCAGACUCAGACUCACACACUCUCGGAUCAGACUCACACACUCUCAGACAGCGAUGAUGACGUCUGGAUGCGCUUCGAGCAGAUGCUGCAGCAGCAGAGCAUCUCUCACACACACUCACACUCACACUCGCAGCCGCUCGUCCUGCUGCUGGACGACAACUUCUACUACCAGAGCAUGAGAUACCAGAUCCACCAGCUGGCCAGAAAGUAUGGUGUGGGUUUCUGCCAGGUGUUCCUGCACUGUCCACUGCAUGUGUGUCUCCAGAGGAACCAGCAGAGAUCGCAGACCGUUCCUGAUGAAGUGCUGCUGCACGUCUGUGAGCGAAUGGAGCCUCCAAACUUGAGCAGAAACCGCUGGGAGCAGCAGAGCCUGACGCUGGACGGCACUGACCGCAUCACAGACGCAGACCUGCAGAAGCUGAUGGACUUGUUGGCGUCGGCGCUGGAGAACCCAUUGAGGUCCGUCCAGGAUGAGUCGCAGCAGAAGGAGGCAGACCGACAGAUCUGUGCAUCCAGCGUUCUUCAUCAGGCUGAUCAGACCUGCAGACGUCUGGUUUCUCAGGUCAUGGCAUCGGCUCGCGAAACGCAGGCGUCUCCAGAUGUGCUGAAGGCUCUUGCUAAAGAGCUGAAUGAGCUGAAGACUCGUUUUCUGCAGGAUCUGAAGAAGGACGUUCUUCACCGAAUGUCUGUUUUCCCAGAGGAGGAACUGCUGAUGGACGUGACGGCAGCGUUUGAGCGCUGCACACGAGACUGUGUCCAGACACGAGUAAAACAUCACUGAAACUCCUGAUCAUGUGACCAAUGCUUUCUCAUUCUGAAGGAUGUGAUUGUGAAAAAGAUUUUAUUUCAGAAUAUAGUUUUUGUAAAUGCAUCUGUCCACGACUCGUUCUUGCAGUCGUUGAUUUUCAUUUGGAGAUUCAUUUAGUUUGUGCUAUUGUUUGUUUUGUUCAUCAUUUGUGAAUACUGUGAUUAUUUUUAAUACUCCUGUAUGAAUGGCAUCAGAUUCAGUGUGACUGACUGACAGUGAAUCUGUGUUACUGUCUCACUGUUACUCCAGCGAUUAAUGUUCUGGUUCACAGUUGACUUCUUUCUCAUCGUUCGACUGCGUGGAAUAUUUGCGUAGGGUUGAGAACGAUUUUCAAACAUUCAUUAUUCUUUAUCAAAUUUUAAAAAAAAAUCAAUUAUAGAUAUAAAGAUAAAAUUACGUAGUUGGUCUGCGAGUCAAUAAAUUCAAUGAUUAUACAGAUUAUUCAGAUUUUCCACUAACAGGUAACAUUGCAAAUACAAUGUUUAGAUGUUUUGUUUUCUGUAUACCAUAAUGCAUUAAUAAUUAAUAAAUUCCUCCGAUUAUCUGCAACA